CCAGCCUGCAGGUGUCAGGGAAGCUCCUGGUUGCCUCUGGUUCUGCUGGAAGUGAAAGUGAAAGAGGCGGAGGGGUGAGGAUCUGGUGGCAGCAGCAGCGGGAAGUUCUGCACAGAAUCAUUUCUGGACUCUGAGAUUCCUUGGAGCACAAAGAUCACUUGGAUAUCGUGGCUGUGAGCACCCAGAGGUACAGCACCCAGAGAUACAGCACUCAGAGAUACAGCACUCAGAGAUACAGCACCCAGAGAUACAGCACCCAGAGAUAAAGCACCCAGAGGUAAAGCACCCAGAGGACCUGUGUGGGGCAUUCAGUCCAGUUAUCAUGGAGACCCCUGAAGGUACAACUGGAUGUUGGAGCCCAUCCCUUCCGUCAUUCUUACUGGGGGUCACAGCAGCCAUCCUUGGCUAUUACUGGAUGUGCAUGUGUAAGAAACCCACCAUUGUGUCCUCCAAGCCUCUCCGCUUGCUCUUGGAGCGAUAUUGCCCAGUUGUCAGUGAGAAGUUCUACCCCACCAUCUGGUGCUUUGAAGGGAGGAUGCAGACUGCACUGUGGAUCCACUUUGUGCGCAAGCCCAUAAUGUCCUACAGAAAUGAAGUCAUUGCGGCUGAGGAUGGGGGGCAACUCUCGCUUGACUGGAAAGAUAAUGAGGAAAGUUCACAGUUCCCUGAUGGUGCCACUCGCCCAAUUGCUAUUAUUCUUCCUGGUCUGAAUGGCAACAGUCAAAAAAUCUAUAUACUGAACCUUGCGAAGGCAGCCAUGGAGGUGGGAUACAGAGCCGUUGUGAUUAAUAAUCGGGGAUUUGGUGGAGAGCAAGUCCUGACCCCCAAAACCCUGUGUGUGGGCUACACCCUAGACAUGAGGACGGUGGUUUGUCAUUUGAAGAGUAUAUAUCCUGAAGCUCCCCUCGUGGCUGUUGGUUCGUCAUUGGGAGCGGUGAUCCUCCUUAACUAUUUGGCUGAUUAUGGUGCCUCCUCACAUCUCCAAGCUGCUGUCUCUUUGUCUCCUCUGUGGAACUUGUUUCAGUCAGAUAUAUCUCUGUCCAAGCCCCUCAAUCAUUGGCUGCUCCACAAGACCAUCAUUCAGGGGGUAAAGAAGACGAUGAGGAGAUAUUACUCGGUCAUUUCCCAGAAGGUUGAUGUAGAUCAUGUUCUUGAGUCGCAAACUCUCAGGGAAUACGAUGAGCGCUACACCGCGCCUGCCUACGACUACCAGUCCUGUGAUGAAUAUUAUCGUAAAGCAAGUCCAGACCAUCGACUCGGGAAAAUCCAGACCCCUGUGCUCUGUCUCUGCUCACUGGACGAUCCCUUCUCCCCCAGCGAUGCAAUUCCAUUGGCUGAGGUGUCGUCCAAUCCCAACGUUGCUCUGCUAAUCACCACCCACGGGGGACAUAUUGGUUUCCUGGAAGAUCUGGUCCCAAACCACCAGCGCUACAUGGACCGGGUGUUUCAGCAGUUUGUGGUGGCAGUUUUGGAUCACUAUAGACAAACAUAGGGGCACAGACACACUCCACUCAGGGGCCCCGGGAAGAACAAAACCCAAGGGCCCAGCGCUGCACCCUGUCUCCAACCCCUUCCCCUUCAUGGAGCCCAAAAGUCCAAUCAACAAACCCACUGCAUUAAUUACUCAUUAGUUGAAGUGUAAGAAACACGUUCUGUGUGAUUUCUGCCUCAUUUCUAUUGAUCCUGAGGAAGGUUCCGCCUGAAACAGAAUUGGACAGAGAUCAAGUGGGAAUGUUUGUGCCUUUAGAACUGCGCUCCAUUGUGUUAAACUAGAGGAGACUGGAUAUUGGCCCCAUGUAUAUGUAUUACACAAGUAUUAUAUAAAUACCUCAUUGUAAAGAUAACUCCACACCCAAGAGCUAACACUCUAAAUUGCAAUAUGUCUGGCUGCUUCCAGAGACUCAGGUGCUAUUGAAGAAUGGGAUGAUGGGUAAGAAGAAAGUGUUCAUUACUGUUGUAGUCUCAGGUCUGAUAUAACUGUCACCUCUGGGGGGCAGUAAGAGUAAGUUGGGGGGUAAGUGCACAAUUACCUUUCAUUUCUCUAUUACUUUCCAAUAAAGGAACUCACAGUGUUAA